CGUGCGGUGGCUCGCUAGUAGCUUCGAGACUGGAGAGGGCGAUCUGCUGUCACAUCCUGUCCUUCGGCCUCGCACACCACUCGGCGGGGCUCCACUUGGCUGGAAUGAUACAGUGGCGGUUCCAUUUGCUCCAUUUAGGCGUGGUCGACCUGCAGCUGCAGAUGCCACGCUUUCUCACGAACAGCGCAUCCCGAUGAUUGCAGGGUUUCCUUCUCGGCCCUUGGAAUGGCUGAGAAGGUUUCUCUAAUUUCCAUGGAUUUCGGCGCGAUUUUCUAGAUCUAGCAGUAGACAAAGUUGUCGUGGGUAUACACCUAGACCUCGUCGAGUAUCAAAGUAUCGUCGAGCUCCGUGUGCAUAGCCUCAUUCGUGCUACCAGGCAAUCCAAGUUUGAGAGGCCCGGGUCUUCUACGAUACUCGCGGGACAAGAAAAAUGUUUCCCGUUGUCCCUCCGUACACCUCUCCUUCAGGGAGGUCCCAGUCCGACGUGGAAUUGACCAUUCGGCAUUCUUCACGGCUGAUGGGAUCGAGCCUCGCAGGCAAGUUGUCGGCCAUGGAGUACCCCAGCUAGUGCUACUCAGCGCGAUAGCUGCAUGCUUUUAGGUGUACAGCGCGUUCAGGCGGACUUCGCGGAGCCUUCCCAAUCACACGUAGAGGGCCCCGACCGAUGCUCGGGUCAAGCGAUCAUCUGUCAUCUGCUGUGGCCGUCGAAUUGUCCAUCAAUGGGAAAACGUCAUGGCUGUUUUUGUUUUCUCAGUAUGCAGAUUGGAUCUAUACCUUAUGUAAUCUGGGAUGGUCGUGAUCGCGAAUUUUUGGGGGCCAUUGUGGCGGUUCGGGAGGCUUACUGGAGAUAGUUGGGAAACAACGGCCGGUUCCUUGGUUUGAUGGGCCAUUCCAAACAAUCCAAGGUUAUUGCCAGCAUGGCCAUCUUGAGAUCAGAUAUUCUUCCAUCCUGAAUGACCAGACAUUGUAAAUCCAACGUGAUGCCGGGGGUCAUCAGAUCGGAAGUGGUAGAAAAAUAAGACAAGACCGUACGGAGAUUACCGAAUAGGGUUGACGGUCGUCUUCUCUCCCCGCUCCCCUCCCAGCCAUUCUUCCUCUUCCAAUCUUCCCCUUCCCCUUUCCUCCUCCUCCUCCUCCCCCGUUCAUACCUUUGUUUGAUCCUCUCCUGUACAACAGCUUGUUUAUCGGUCUUUUCUGCAUAUUGUAUGCGUAGUGCUCUGGACACUCUCGUUUGAGUAUCGCAUUUGGGUGUUCCUUCGCCAAGUGGAGAGCGCGCGAUAGACAGAGACAGAGCGGAACACACCACGGCCGAUUUUGCAGCCCAACCGUCCCCCCCUUCGAUGAAUUCUUCGACUGUCGCAUUGUGUGGUUCUUGAUUCAACUGGUGUCGCUUCUGCCCUUCGAGGCGUUCAUUGUUUGGACUUAUCGGCUGCUUUGCCCACCAUGGCCUUCAAGAAUGGGCUGAGUGAACGCCUCGACGAGCUCCGUUUCCCUUCUCCUCGCUCCCCACCCUCCGAAUCGGUCUUUCCUGGAUAUACAUCACUCUCACCCGGCCACUCCAACUUCGGAUCGGGUUUCUCACGGCCCUCGGGCGAUGUCCGCGCCAACUUGCAACGCCGUUUCACCACCGAUUCGAGCAAACUCUCCUCGUCAUGGAAUUAUCUCAAUCCGGGGGCCACGCAACUCCCAGACCCUCUUGAUCUGCUCUCUUCGUUUGAGAAGAAGCGUCAGCAUAUCGAAUACAUGAGAGAGCAGAAACGGCGUUUCGAAGAAGACAUGAAGCUGCUUGAUAUGCAGCACGAGAAGGAAAAGAUCGAAAUGGAUCAGCUUGCUCGCGACCUGGCCAAGGCUGGCCUCUCGGGGCCAGUGAGUGAGCCGACGACCCCUCCUGAGCAUGUCGAACCCACCGUCUCUUCAGUGACUCGCCCCGGCAGAUUCUCAACUUCGAGCGUUACCUCCUCUCCGGGAUUCUUCUCUGCCUUUGCCCCUUCCUCGCAGUUGACUUCACCUCAAGGCCCCUCCCAUUCGCAUUCAUCUCAGGCCAACCAUCAGCCAGUCGAUCGUUUUGCUGGCCACUCGAUGCCUACAUCCCGCCGCAACUCCGAGAAAGAAGAUUUCACCAUGGAAAACGCACCCUUCCGGCCGGGGCCUUCGCUCCACCGAUACUCGCUACCUAGCAACAACUUCAGCGGCUCCUAUCGUCCAAACGUCUCCAGUCCUGGAUAUAAAUCUGGCCCUGGUGUUGACUCCUUCGCUGCCACCAAACACCUUUUCCCCAGCGACGAGUCCAACAUGAACUACCUCCGGGACGAAGAACGACUAUCAACCCCAGAUAUCAAAGGAUACAUCAAGAUGACAGAGCCUGAUGACAAGUUCCCCACUCUUCGCCGGGAUGGUUCCAACUUCCUCUCGGCCAAUCCUGAUGCCCAUGAUCUGGCCAACGCCCGUACCCCAGGCCCAGAGUCCUAUGCGUUCCACAGCCGCUAUCGCACCAGCCACCAGAGCAUGCCGCAGAACCUAAUCAGUACGAUGCGCUUUGAGCAGUUGACCAGCCCCACCAAGGACGAGCGUGGGCGUGUGGCUCACUCUCGCCAUGUUCCUCGGCACUCGCUUGAGGGUGGCCUGAGUUUCUCGACUGAUCGCACCCCAGAGGCUCUGACCCCACUGACUUCCUCUCGCCCCACUUCGCUGCAGACAUCUUACUCGACCAAUGACUUGCCAACUGUUAAGGGCACUGGCUUCGAUGCGGCAAUCACCCCGCCCAAGACCCACGCUGAGCACCUGCAUCAGCACAAUGCCAGCUUGGGCCGCAUCCCCACUGGAGGAGUCACCCCUCGCGCUGUUAAAGGCUCCCCCGAGCCCGAGGUUAUCCCGAGCCGCCUCUCCCCGCAGACAAUCCUUCAGGCCAGCGCUGCGCCUUUUGGUCCUCAAUUGACCUCUGCCGCCUCUAGCAGCGCCAUUGCAAACUCGGCUGCCCCGGCUGGUGUGCCGUUCCCUCCAUUGUUUGGCUAUGUAGUCCCGCCGUACGGUGGACAGCCAACUCAGGCACCCACCCCGAUUGCCAAUUUCGGGCAGCCCAAUAACUAUGCUGCUUACCCUGCGCCGGCCUACGCGGCUAACAACUAUCGCUUCAACGAUGCCGCUGCUGCUCGUGGCACCGUCAUUCAGCGCCGCCAGACUGAAAGUGAUGCAGGACAGGCGACUCGCUAUGCCAAUUUUCCCAUUGAGCACUACAAGGGUGACCUGUACAGCCUUUGUAAGGACCAGCACGGUUGCCGAUAUCUACAGCGGAAGUUGGAGGACCGUGACCCAGAGCAUGUGCAACUGAUCUUCAGCGAGACCUACAUGCACGUGAUUGAGCUGAUGACCGAUCCGUUUGGCAACUACUUGUGCCAGAAACUUCUCGAGUACUCGAACGAUGAACAGCGUACUGCCCUCAUUGAUAACGCAGCUCCCCAGCUCGUGAAGAUUGCGCUGAACCAGCAUGGUACCCGAGCUCUUCAGAAGAUGAUCGAAUUCAUCUCCACCCCUCAGCAGACUCAGACUGUGAUUGAUGCUCUGAAGCAUCAUGUGGUUGAGCUCGUUCAGGACCUGAAUGGCAACCACGUCAUUCAGAAGUGCUUGAACCGUUUGAAUGCGGAGGAAGCUGAGUUCAUCUACGAAGCCGUGGGUGCUCAUUGCGUAGUUGUCGGUACUCACCGUCAUGGAUGCUGUGUCCUUCAGCGCUGCAUUGAUCAUGCCUCUGGUUCUCAGAAGGCUCGAUUGAUUGCUCAGAUUACCUCGAACUCUUUCGCUCUUGUUCAGGACCCAUUCGGCAACUACGUUGUUCAGUACAUUUUGGAUCUUGCCGAGUCGCGCUUCACCAAUCCUUUGUGCAAGACUUUCGCCGGUAACAUUCCUUCUUUGUCCAAGCAGAAGUUCAGCUCCAACGUGAUUGAGAAGUGUCUGCGCACUGCGGAUGGCUUUGCUCGUCAUGAAAUGAUUGACGAGAUUCUCUCUGGCAACGAGUUGGAGAAGAUGCUCCGUGAUUCAUUCGCCAACUACGUUGUCCAGACUGCUAUGGACUUUGCCGAUGCAGAGAACCGUCAACGCAUUGUCGACGCCAUUCGUCCUAUCCUGCCAUCGAUCCGCCAGACCCCCCAUGGCCGUCGCAUUGCCGGCAAGAUCAUGGCCGCGGAUGGCUCUGGCCGCUCCAGUGGCCAGAGCAGUGGACAGGUGACCCCCAACGAGGCCACGAACAGCGCGCAGCUUCCCAAGAAUGUGGUCCCAAAGUCUUACCCUCCUUUCCAUCCGGCUACCAAUUCUCUCCCAGCCGCUAAUGGCGUCACCGGCUUCAAUGGACAGGGAUUCUCGUCGGAGGCCGCCUCUCCUCCCAACCCCAGCGCCAGUGAGACUACUGUGAUCUACAACCCGCCUCCGCCCGCUGUCAACGGCCACAUUGGCGCCCAUGGACAAGUUUACGCCUCUUACUAUUGAAACUGUCAUCAUACUGGGGUCUAGUUGCAUGUGCCAUGAUCUUUCUAUCAUCAGCAUUUCAUCCAACCCCCAUUCCAUCUUGUUUCGCCUGCAUUUGGCUUUCUCUUCCCAUGCAUGAAGCAAUGCGUCACGACUCUUUCACCAUCUGGCAAAUAUUCACGUGUUGCAUCCUACAUACAUCCUCAUACAUCUAGCGAAACUCGCAUGGUGCAGUCAGCGUUGGGGAAGCCUUGUGCAGCUUCGAGCUCCCCUCGCUUUUGUUCCCCCCAUUCUGCCUUUUUUUUGUACUUUUCCCACCAAUGGUCCUUGCUGUUCCCUUGAUCUACAUGACCUUCUCACAUGACUCUGAACGACGUUGAUUCUUCCCGUCAGCAAGAAUUGGCUGUUUAUUGAUUUGGUCUCGUAGUCAUGGUUAACAGCGGACCAUCUCCAUUUCCUGCACUGUGUUUCCCUAACAAUUUACUUCCCUUUCACGUUUAUUUUCACCUGUACUCUGCACUCAUUUGCUUUUUGAAUUGCACCUGUGUUGUGGUGGGUCGUUCUGUCCCAAGAACAUAUCCAAUUGACUAGAUGAUUUGAUAGAGGGCGCCUACGUCUUCUGGGAUGGCUCCUUUGGAGCUGGCCUGGUGCUCGUGCUCGUCUCUUCUGUCUCUUCUUCCUCAAAUUUAUGUUCUACCAUUUCGUUUUCACACACUUUCUGCAUUUUUGUACUCUAGCACUGAAAUCAAAUUCGAUCUCUACGGAAAUAU